AUGCGGCAUCGUUUCUACCACCAGAGGGACUGGAUGCGGAAGUGGCCCCAGACCCUGGCCGAUGACAGAGGGGCUCUGGGUCGUCCUGAGGUCAAAGCCCUUGAGCUUUCCGAGUCACGGGCCAUCAGUGAGAAGCACAUCUCACAGGCACGGACCCUCCCGGUUGUCACCCUUUGCAGGCUCAUUUCCUUUGACACCUCAUUUCGUUCCACCACUGCCCGGCAGGCGGAGCAGGUGCGGUGCUCAAGUCAGGCACAGUGGAAAGCUAGAGCCAGACAGGUGGCUGGGGGCGAGGCUGAGUGCGGGGCCCGGAAGCCGCACGGUCCGGGGGCCGUGUGCACGCGCCACAGCCCCGCUGCCAGGCUCGGCGGCCCCGAGACACCGGUGGGGCCUUUGCCUCCGUCUCCUCCUUUCCUUGCAGCCGACGGGGAUUCUGGAGAUGGCGUGGAGGCCGAGGAAGUAGUCGCUGUGCUUCAGGAGUCCGUCAGCCUUCCCCUGGAGGUACCAUUCAAUGACAAGGUCGAGGACGUCAUCUGGUCCUCUCGCAUAAGGCUUGCCACGGUGGUUCCGGGGAGAGAGGGACAGCCGGCUACCAUCACGGUGACCAACGCUCGAUACGCGGGCAGAGUGAGCUUCCCGGACCCCAGCUACUCCCUGCUCACCAGCAAUCUGAGCUGGGGGGACUCAGGGCCUUACAAGGCUCAGGUCAACCUGAGGACGUCCCGGAUCUCCGCCAGGCAGCGUUACAGUCUCCGUGUCUACCGACGGCUGUCGGAGCCUCGCGUCACGGUGGGCUUUGAGAAUUCCAGGGAAGGUGGCUGUAAUGUGUCCCUGACGUGCUCCGUAGAGAAGGCGGGCCUGGAUGUGACCCACAGCUGGCUGUCCUGGGAACAUGGCACUGAGACACUGACAGUCCGUGAGGGCUCUGCCCUCAGCGCGUCCCGGAGACCUGGGGACAAUGCCCUCUCCUAUACCUGCAGGGCCACCAACCCCGUCAGCAGCGUCCGUUCCCGUCUGGUCCUUGCCGGGCCCUUCUGUGCAGAUCCUGGCUGUGCCUUGGACACGUCCACUUACUUCUGCCUCUGAGCCGAAGGGCUGCUCUUCCCCUUCCUCGUAGUCACUCUGGCCGUGGGGCUCUGGCUCAUCUGAGCCCAGAAAAGAUGCAGAAUGCCAGGGAUGAGGACCCCCAGGGGAAACGAGGCUGAAGCCUCGCCCCGGCCUGGCCCGAUCGCCCCUUGGGGACCCCUGUGCUGAGCACUCUUUCUUCCCGACCCCUCCCCCCACCCCGGAGUCCUUCCCGCCACCCCCCCACCGUGCUUCUCCUCCCAGGGGGCCACCGGGUGGGUGUCCCAAGGGCCAUACUCCCCGAGGGAAGAUUAUCCAGCAAUAAAGUCAAAUCAGGUGACCGCCA